AUGUCAAAUCAUGUCCUCAAGGGACUCUUAUUCCUCACCAUACCCAUGCGAGUGUGGAAUUUCCUGUGUCAAGAUUUUGGUGCUACCACCUUUCUCUUGUCUGUGGCAUGGAACUGCGAUUCUGGUGCCUUGAUUGUGGGCCGUUUGUCCAAGUCCAUACAGGCCCCGGAUAACCGCAUACCACCGCCACAAUGGCUUGUAAAGAUAUCACCCGCCAAAUCUGUGGAGGGUGUGUUGGGUGGACUCAUGGCUGGAUGUUUGACCUGUGUUUGUUGGCCCUUUCUCUGGCAAGGUCUGGUCCUCUUUCGGGAACUUGCUGCCAGUUCCACCUGGAUGGAAAGUAGUAGUAUGGAUAGCAGCGGCAUGGCCACAGAGGGCCUCUCACUGACUGAACGAAUAUCGUUGGGUCUAAUCCUUUCCAUCCUAGCCAUUGUGGGGGACUUGUGGGAGAGCUCAACCAAGCGACAAGGAGGUGUCAAAGACUCUGGAAAGCUGUUGCCAGGACAUGGUGGCAUAUUGGAUCGUUUUGAUUCUUCGGCGCUACCUGUCCUAUUUUACACCUACUACUACUACUAUUCUUAG